AUGGCGGGCUCGGACGACUUCACGUCUCUUAUCCCAGCCUAUUUUCUCCAGCCGCCAGCCUUGCUUGACGAGCUUGAGACGGAGACUUCCACUCUGCAGGCAAACACUGUCAACGAAUGCAUCCCCUUACUUAAUGCGAUUGAAGACCCCUCACGUAGCCCGUUCGACUUCAAUGAAUUCGGCCUACCUACACUGCAACGCGAGAGGCAUAUCGACUUUCUCCACGAACACUUACAAGAGUUCCCCGCGGGAUUCGUCGGCCUCGAUGCGAGUCGCCCUUGGAUGGUCUAUUGGGCGUUACUGUCGCUUUACAUGCUAGGGGAGGAUGUUGCACACUUUCGGUCCAGAGUCGUGAAGACGUUUACCCCGUUACAAAACGCAAGUGGAGGGUUUGGAGGCGGCUUUGGACACUACUCCCACCUGGCGGGAACAUAUGCCGCAUUAUUGAGUCUAGCUUUAGUAGGGGGCGAAGAAGCCUACUCACUCAUUGAUCGUGGUCAAAUGUGGCACUGGCUGGGCCGACUGAAGCGUCCAGACGGUGGCUUCCAGAUAUGUGAGGGCGGAGAGGAGGAUGUGCGAGGAGCAUACUGUGCGCUGGUUGUUAUUUCCCUUCUCAAUCUUCCUCUAUCGCUUCCGCCUGACUCUCCUGCACGGAAGGCCGGCCUCGAAACAUUCAUGGAUGACCUCGGAGAAUAUCUUUCUCGUUGUCAGACUUACGAAGGCGGGAUUGCUGGCUCACCGGGAAAUGAAGCUCACGGAGCAUACGCCUUCUGUGCCACGGCCUGUCUCUGUCUCUACGACGCCCCGCAUAUUGCACUCCACAAGUUUCUUGACGUCGACGCCCUGCUUUCGUGGCUUUCUUCUCGUCAGUAUGCACCGGAGGGAGGGCUGGCUGGUCGGACCAACAAACUCGUGGACGGAUGUUACAGUCACUGGUUGGGAAGCUGCUGGCCUCUCGUUCAGGCUGCCAUGAAUGGGCCACGAGGGACAGCUCCCCGACCCGGGCAGAAGGUGACGGAGAAUCUUUACAGCAGUGAAGGCCUUGCAAGGUAUAUACUGUGUUGCUGUCAGGCCGAGGAUGGUGGAUUAAGAGACAAACCUUCCAAGCCGCCCGACUCGUACCAUACUUGUUACACGUUGUCUGGCCUAAGCACGGUCGAACAUUCGCACUCAUACGGUGCUGGUGACGGGUCGGAUUUCUUUGCAUCAGCCUUUUCAUGGGACGCUUCUAGGGCGGAGAUCCCCAGUGAGGCCGAUCCCUCCAUGACAUUCGACACGGGAGCCCACAUCAGAUCUAUACACCCUGUGUACUCGAUUCCGCAUGAGGCUGCGAAAGCCGUGCGAGAGUGGACACUAUCUCGACCACUCGACACCGAAGCAUUGGAGUGA